UUUUCGGACCUAUAAAUUCAAUGGAGUCCGAUCGUUUUUCGGGUGAACUCGGGCCGGGUGCCAGGUCCCGCGCCGCACAACUAUAAAGAACUCUGAAAUCAGAAAUGGGCCGAAAAGGAAGCCCGACUACAAAUCUCCGAGACGAGAUUCUCCCUCGCUCUCGUUCGAUCUCCACAGCUGAUCCCGAUUUUGUCCUUCUCCUGCAAUCGAAAUCAGAAACAGAAGCGACUCGAAGAUUAUUCGUCGAUUCGAGAUUCGUAUCAAGGUAAAAACCUUGGUGUUGCUCUUGUAUGUGCGGCUGCUCGGAAAGGGAUAUAAUUGGGGCAUGAAUUGAUUACAGGAAACAUAAAUAGGUAAUAUCUUAAGUAUUGCAUCAAAGGAAUAAGAAAGACUUCAGAGGACAAAUAAGAAGAAGAUCCUUCCACUGUCUCUAAAAAGCCUAAUUCAUGUCUAGAGCAAGGUUCAAAAGGGAAUUACCCCCUGCUCAAGAGCAUAUUGAGAAGUUGAGGAAGGUGGUAGACGAAGGGAAUUAUUAUGGAGCACUGCAGAUGUACAAAUCUAUCAGUGCAAGAUAUGUUUCUGCGCAGAGAUUCUCUGAAGCUCUUGAUAUCCUCUUUUCAGGAGCAUCCCUUCAACUAGAGCAUGGCCAGGUGAGUUGCGGGGCAGACCUUGCACUUCUAUUUGUCGAUACCUUAGUUAAGGCCACAGCUCCUUGCAAUGAUGAAACCCUUGAUCGUAUCAGGUAUAUGUACAAAUUGUUUCCUCGGAUUCAUGUACCACCUCACUUGGUAGACAUGAACGAUGAUGAAGCCGUUCAGAAACUUCAAGAAGCCCUUGGGGAAGCAAAAGUGCGUGUGGAAAGCGUAUCUUCGUUCUUGAGAGCUGCUGUAAAGUGGUCCUCAGAGUUUGGAGGCCCAAGUAGUGGAGCUCCUGAGCUGCAUGUUAUGCUGGCUGAUUAUCUCUACACUGAGUCUCCUGAAUUGGACAUGGUUCGAAUAUCAUGGCAUUUCGUUAGAGGGGAGGACCCCACCAAGUUUGUGUCUACACUGAUCAAUUUUAUGGGAAAGUGCUAUCCUGGUGAAGAUGACUUGGCAAUUGCACGGGCAGUUCUCAUGUACUUGGCUCUGGGUAACAUGCAAGACGCAAAUUUUAUCAUGGACGAGAUCAAUAAACAAGAAGAGUCAGGGCAGCAUCACCUACAAGAAUCAGACCUUAUCCAAUUCAUCUCCUAUCUUUUGCAAACGUUGCAGAGAGAUGCUUUGCCCGUUUUCAAUAUGUUGAGGACCAAGUACAAGUCUAGCAUCGACAGAGAAUCACUGCUUAACGAGUUGCUCGAUGACAUCGCGGGGAGGUUCUAUGGAGUUCAACGCAGAAAUCCUUUGCAAGGAAUGUUCGGCGGCAUCUUCAACAUGAUGGGAUGAAGGAGACGUCAUGGCUUCUAUACACAGUUUCUAAUAACGAAGGUAAUGAAGAGAAUAUUCUUGCAAACCUCUCGGGAAACAGGUUUUUCCUCCUCUUUAUCCAGAAAGAUUACAUUACAAAAAUGAUAUGAUAUGAUAUGAUAUGAUAUGAUAGCAGAAACAAAUGAAAUGAAUUGUUUGGAUUAAAAUAAUGUCCUUUUUUAUUCAUUCAUCAUAAAAAGCAGUGGACAGUAAUAUUAUCGACA